UUGUUGUGGAAAAUUGGCUCCCACCUCUAUUCUUGCUUGUACUACUAAAUCAACGGCAUUGAUUUUCUUCCAAGGCCGUCAUUGCAUUGGAUUAGACUGCCUAAACCCGCUCCAGCUCUCUCACUCAUCAUAUACGCGCUGCACCGGUUGUGUCUGGCAAAUAUUUUUUCGUCCUCUGACUCGAGCUGGGUUGUCUCCGAUUCGCAACCGGCCUCCAUUUUGCUCAAGAUCUGUGUUCCUGUUUCUAUCGGUGAUGUGUACCUCAAUCUCUCUCUUGGGUUUCAUUUUCUUGCUUUAAUCUCUGCUUUUAUUCGAUUAUUACUGUUAUUAAUCUAUAAGGGUAGUGAAAUUCGGCGGAAAUUUGUCCUAUUUUCUGAUAUUAAUUUUCUCCCACUCUAUCAGAUCGUCUUAAUUUCAAAUACCCACGUCUCAGAUUUUGCUAUGAAGUCGUUUCCCACUUCAUUUCUUUUCGAUUUUGACUCAUAUAUCUCUCUGAGUCUGAAUCUUGCUUUAUAGCUCUUUAAAUUGUUGAAGAUCUACUAGAUUUAGCGCCUAUCUUUGUUGAAAUUAGAGUGAAUUUGAUAAUGUCUUCGAUUCGAUUCGAUGCGACUAAGCAGUACUAUGCCACGAGCAGUCUCGUGGUCGGGUACGCGCUUUGUUCAAGCUUGCUUGCUGUGAUAAACAAGUUUGCCAUUACCAAAUUCAACUACCCUGGCCUUUUGACUGCAUUGCAGUAUCUAACCUCUGCUCUAGGAGUUUGGGUUUUGGGGAAGUUAGGAUUUUUGCACCAUGAUCCAUUUACUUUAGAGACUGCCAAGAAAUUUUUGCCAGCCGCUAUGGUUUUUUAUCUGGCAAUCUUUACCAACACAAAUCUUCUUCGCCACGCAAAUGUGGAUACGUUUAUAGUGUUUAGAUCGUUGACACCCCUGUUGGUUGCUAUAGCGGAUACAACGUUUAGGAAACAGCCAUGCCCGUCAAAGCUCACGUUUGUGGCGUUGUUGAUUAUAUUGGGUGGAGCUGUUGGGUAUGUGGCCACGGAUUCGGGCUUUACUUUGACUGCAUAUUCGUGGGCAUUUGCUUAUUUGGUGACAAUUACUACUGAGAUGGUUUACAUCAAACAUAUGGUGACAAAUCUUGGGUUGAACACUUGGGGUUUUGUGUUGUAUAAUAAUUUGUUGUCGCUGAUGAUGGCUCCGGUCUUUUGGUUUCUUACGGGAGAGUAUGUUGAUGUGUUUGCUGCGUUGGGAGCUAACUCUGGAAAUUGGUAUGAACCCGUUGCAUUCUCUGCAGUAUCAUUGUCGUGUGUUUUCGGAUUGGCCAUCAGUUUCUUUGGGUUUGCAGCGAGGAAGGCGAUCUCUGCUACAGCUUUUACAGUGACUGGUGUUGUUAAUAAGUUUCUCACAGUUGCCAUCAAUGUGACAAUUUGGGAUAAGCAUGCAAGUCCAUUUGGUUUGCUGUGCCUUCUCUUUACGCUUGCUGGUGGAGUUCUUUAUCAGCAAUCAGUUACUCGAGCUAGCAGUGCUCCAUCGCAGCGUGAGUCAACAGCAUCGUCGAAGCAGACUGAUAGCGAGAAUGAUGCAGAUGAUUUUGGAGAUGAGAAUCAAGGAAAGGGCGUGUCUGGUAAACUUGCUUCUGUAUGAGAAAUUUAUGGUCUAUGUUUCUUUUUUUUUCUUCCCAUUGACGAAGAGGCUGAGUAGGUGUUUGAAGUUUUAUGUCUAGUGUUAAAGAUUUAAGAAACUCUGUAUCAGAUCAUGUUUAUUAUUUUCCUUAGAAUAUGAUUUCUGUUAGCAUUUU